AUGGCAUUUCGCAUUACAACAUGGAAUGUCAACGGCAUCAGGAAUCCCUUUGGUUAUCAACCUUGGAGAGAAAAGCGAACCUUCCAAGCCAUGUUCGAUAUCUUGGAAGCAGACAUCGUUGUCAUGCAAGAGACCAAGAUCCAGCGAAAGGAUCUCCAUGAUGAGAUGGUCCUCGUCCCUGGCUGGGACGUCUUCUUCAGCUUGCCCAAGCACAAGAAGGGAUACUCGGGUGUCGCCAUCUACACACGAAACUCCAAGUGUGCCCCCAUCCGAGCUGAAGAAGGGGUCACUGGUGUCCUUACACCUCCCAAGUCCACGACCAAGUUUCGCGAUCUCCCUCCCGACCAGCAAAUAGGUGGCUACCCUCGCCCAGGCCAGCUCGACGGCAUCAUAGACGAAGCCACUCUCGACUCCGAAGGCCGCUGUGUGAUUCUCGAGUUCCCGGGGUUUGUGCUCUUUGGCGUGUACAGUCCUGCCAACCGUGACGAGUCUCGGGAUGACUUUCGCUCAGGUUUCUUCCAAGCACUCGAUGUGAGGAUACGAAACCUCGUAGCAGAAGGCAAGCAAGUCAUUCUGACGGGCGACUUGAACGUUGUUCGGUCCGAGAUGGACUCAACCAACGUUGCUGAGAUGUUGCGCAAAGAGGACAUAAGCUUGGAAGACUGGCUGAACAUGCCUGUUCGGCGGAUCUUCAACCAGCUCAUCUUCGAGGGGAACGUGGUCGGUGAGAGAGAUGAAGGCCGCGAGGAACCUGUUCUGUGGGAUUUGUGCCGCUGCUUUCACCCUGAGCGAGCAGGCAUGAACACCUGCUGGGACACAAAGCGAAACACACGGCCUGCCAACAACGGCAGCAGAAUCGACUACGUCUUGUGCAGUGACGGCAUCAAGGACUGGUUCACCUUUUCCAACAUUCAGGAAGGCCUCAUGGGGUCUGAUCACUGUCCUGUGUUUGCGACGUUUGCUCACAAGGUGACUGUGGAGGGCAAGGAGCGCGCACUGCUGGAGGUCCUAAACCCCUCUGGGAUGUUUCGAGAUGGCGAGCGUCAGCGUGACUGGAGCUCCAAGGAUCUUCUCCCUUUGUCUGCAAAGCUUAUCCCAGAGUUUGACCGACGGCAGAGCAUCCGCGACAUGUUCACAAAGAAGACGGGUCCAAGCCUCUCCCGACAAGACUCGGUCAGCACAGAUACGCCCACAAGGCCUCCAAAUAGCAACACACCUGCAGCGUCAGCGGAACUGGACCAGGUCACAGGCUCACAGACCAGCAUCGCCUCGUCCAGGCCUGACACCAUUGAGACCACCAGCUCCAGCCAGACCCGAUCCCAACCGAGCACGAAGAGACCUGCGGAGACCACGAGUACGGCGUCAGUGCGAUCCCUCAAGAAGAGCAAGACCACAAUAAGCUCCAACGACGCCAAGAGCAAGCCGCUGGCCCCGGGCCAAAGAACCCUGCAGGGUUUCUUCAAGCCAAAAGCACCAGCCUCCCAGCCCGACAAGCUAGAGCGAGUGGCAACGAGCUCUACGCCCUCUCCAACAAAGAAACCGACAGGGUCGUCAAAGACACGGACCAGCCUACAGGGAUCAUCACCAUCACUGUUUGCUACCACAGCAGGAAGGACAUCCGAGAACAGCAAAGCCACCACCGAUGGCGAGUCGUCUGACAAGGUGUUUGACCCAAUCGAGGCCAAAGAGUCUUGGUCAAAGCUGCUAGGCAAGAGAGUCGCACCCCGAUGUGAACACAACGAGCCCUGCAUCAGCCUAACCACCAAGAAGCCAGGCGUCAACUGCGGGCGAUCGUUCUACAUUUGCCCACGUCCUCUGGGCCCGUCUGGAGAGAAGGAGAAGGGGUCUGAGUGGCGGUGUGGUACAUUCAUCUGGAGCAGCGAUUGGAACGGGUCAUGA